CCUUUUCUUAAUCAGUUUCUCUUCUUCCUCUUUUCUCUGUUUUAUCUUUCUCUCCCCCUUUCGUCAUUCAUCGCUGAGUGUCUGGAGGUAACCCACAUGCCGCGCGGGACCUUCAUUCAACCCAAGUUCAGCUACUAAGGUCAAGAGGAGUACCGGGGGGACGUAUUUCCCUUCUCUGUUCGGGACACGUAAACAAUGACCCCGUUGCAAAGCCUGAACACCGCCAUCAUCGUCAUCAUCAGGAGCCAUCAUGGAGGGUGACGGGCUGGGUGAGGUGGAAAAGCUGAACCUGGUCUUCCCUCCCGAGGUGGUGCAGGCCAUCCAGGAGGUCCUUCCCAGCGAUGACCCUUUUGACAGCCCGGACUUCGAUGCAGUUGCCUACAUCAAUACGCGGUUCCCGGCAGAACAGAGUCUCCACCACAUUGAUGACGCCCUGGAGGAGAUGCGAGUGCGGGCAGCGGCCACGGACUCACAGAUCCGGGAUGUGGUGCGUUGCCUGGCCAGCGCGGACCAGGACGGACGGACCUCGCUGCUGCACGCCCAGGAGGCCAUCGCGGAGCUCUUCAAUAGGUUCCAGGAUAUUAAGGAGCGAGCCGGGGAGAGCGAGGAGCGCGUCAAGGAGAUCACACGGGAUAUCAAGCAGCUGGACACGGCCAAGCGGAACCUGACCACCUCCAUCACCACCCUCAACCACCUGCAGAUGCUGGUGGAGGGGACACAGAAGCUGCAGGUGCUCCAGGCGCGGCGUGAGUACGGAGAGCUGGCCAGCCUGUUGGAGGGGGUGCUGGAAGUGAUGCAGCACCUUCAGCGUUACAGACACAUCCCUCAGGUCAUGGAGCUCACCAGGCAGGUCGAGCAGAUCCGCAGCGACCUGGAGAAACAGAUCCUGGAGGACUUCGGGCGUGCGUUCCGCGGCCCAGCCUCGCGCCAGCCCACCCCCCCGCGCGCCCUGGCCGAAGCCUGCCUCGUCGUGACCCAGCUUGACCCCAGAGUAAGGCGGAGCAUCAUGGAGGAGGUGGUGCGGACCCAGCUGGCGGAAUACGAGGUUCUGUUCGCCGGGCAGGAGAGCGACGGGUGGCUGGCUAAGGUGGAGCUGCGUCGACGGUGGUUCCUCAAGACUGCCCUCGAGUUUGAGAAGACACAGGCGGCCAUGUUUCCCCCGUCCUGGCAGGUCCCCGCCCGCCUGGCCCUCGCUUUCUGUGAGGUGACGCGCACACAGCUGUCCAGGGCCAUGGAGUUACGCACACAGGAUAUAGACGUGGCCACCCUCCUGCACGCACAUAAGGUCAUGUCGGAGCUGGAGAGUGUGCUUGUUAGGAAGUACGCCGGGUUCCACGAGCGCACCUCCACCUCCACCUCCACCUCUUCCACCCCCGCCCCCACCCCCACCACCCCCGUCGCCUCCACCAAUCCCUUUGCAGAAGACGAGGAACAGCUGGACACAACCAACCCCUUCAGAACGGACGGACCAGCUGGCGGAGGAGGUGGAGGAGGAGGAGGGGGAGGAGGGGGGGUAUUGGUGCCAGUCCAGCCCCCUCCCCCCUCCCCCUUCCACGGUGCCAUCUGCCGCUGCUUCAAGCCUUACCUCAAAGUGUAUAUUGACCAUGUUGAUAAGCGGUUAGCGGAUCAGGUGGACAAGUUCUCGGCGGACAUGCGGAGUUACCACUUCGAGCACAUUGAUGCGGAGGAGUCCAAUGUGGUGCCUUGCUGUGGGGAGCUCUUCACUAUGUACAAGACGGUGCUGGUUGAGUUCCUACGGCUAUCCCCUGGGGGUGAGCUGGGGUCCCUGGUGGAGGUUAUGCAGCGUCACCUGAGGGAAUUCUGCGCCAAGGUCCUGCGUGCUGCCCUGCCCCGGGGUGUUGGCGGGGCCGGGGGGGGCGGGGGGGCCAACAUACCCCUGCCCCGCGACCUCAACAUGAAGGAAAUCUCGGCGGUGUUGGCACAGGUCCAAACACUGUGGCGCGAGGGUGACGGCACCUCCACCACCGCCACCACCAGCAUCGGGGGUGAGGAGGAGGUGCGGAGGGUGUGCUCGGUCCUGGUCUCGGCGGAGUACUGUGAGGAGAUGACCAGCCGACUCGAGGCCAAGCUGAGGGAGAGGGCCGAGGGGGGCGUGGCGGGCGGCAUCACUCUGGCAGCGGAGCAGGACCUCUUCCACGCUGUCUUGGCUCAGUGCAUCAGCCUACUAGUGGGGCGCGUCGAGGGUGUGUGCGAGCCCGCCCUGGCGUCUAUCCCUAAGCAGAACUGGGUAUUGGAGCAAACGGGUGACCACAGCCCCUACGUGACGGCCCUCGCGCAUCACCUCUCAGCAGCCGUUCCCCCCGUCAGGCACAACCUUCACACCUCCAGGAAGUAUUUUACGAGGUUUUGUGACAAGCUCGCAGCGGCCAUCUUGAAUAAGUUCGUCCAGCAGGUGUACAAGUGUCGGCCCAUCUCCAGCGUAGGAUGCGAGCAGCUCCUCCUAGACUGCCACGCUCUCAAAGCUGUUAUGCUGCAGAUGCCCGUGGUCGGCUCCCAGGUGCGAAGGGACCCCCCCCAGACCUACACAAGAAUGGUUACAAGAGGAAUGGCCCGGGCUGAACUGGUGCUACAGGUUGUGAUGGGGGAGUACCAGUCACCCGCCGCCCUGGUAGACAAGUUCAACCGACUUCUAUCGGAGGCAACCAUCGCGGAUUUCCAGAAGGUGGUUGAGAUGCGGGGCGUCAAGGACCGAGCCACAUACCUCGAACUCUACCGCCAGCGUACCUCCUCCACCUCCACCACCUCUGCCGCCAACUCCACCUCCACGGACUCCCCCUUCCGCCCCCCCGCUGCUGCCGCCCCUGCCCCGGCCCGCCCCGCCACCCCGAGCCCGGAGCACGAGAUGAGCAAGAUCGCGAGGCUGGAGAGGAUGCUGAAAUCUCGACGCCUGAUCUCAUAGGAUGCUUGUGUGUGUGUGUGUGUGUGUGUGUGUCCUCUUCCUUCCUAUUUCCUCCUAUUUUUUUAUCUGCAUUUUCUUCCUCCUCCUCCUUCCUUUUCCUCUUUCUUCCUCUUCUUUUCUUGUGUAGGGGAGGGAAGGGAGGGGUAGAAGGAGGGAAGGAAGGAAGGAAGGAAGGAAGGGAAAGAAGAAAGGAUGAAAGAUAUGAAGGAAGGAAGGAAGGAAAGGAAAGGGAAGGGAGGGAGUGUGUGUGUGUGUGUGUGUGUGUGUGUAAAACUGUGUAGUAGUAGUAGUAGUAGUAGUAGUAUCCCAUUCACACACUCCCUUAUUCAAGCUUGUAAUUAUAUAUAGAUGUAAUCCUAAAUAGUUAUAUAUAUGUAACUAUUAUUAUUACUAUUAUUAUUUUUAUUAUUCCAAAGUGUAGGUUAAUUGUAAUAGUCUGGGGGUUAGUUGUUACAUUCCUCUUAUUAUUAUUAUUGUUAUUUUUAUUGUUAGAGUUUAAGUUGUAUUUCUUUAUUUAUUUUUAAUCACUAAUUUUCUUUUUUCAUCUGUUUCCUUUCUUUUUCUUCUUUCCUAUCUCCUCCUUUCUUCCUUCCAUCCUUCAUCUCAUCUCUUCUUCCUCUUCCUUCUACUUCACUCUUAUCUUUCUUCCUCAACUCCUCUCUCUCUCAGGGGGCUUCGUGGUGCAGUGGUUAGCACACUCGGCCCGGGUUCGAUUCCCGGGCGGAGUGGAAAAAUUUGGGCGGCUUUUCCGAUACCCUACGCCCAUGUCCACCUAGCAGUGAAUGGGUACCAGGUGUUAAUCAGGGGUUGUGUCCCGUCUCCUGGGAUCCGUUUCCUUCCCCUUCUGUCUCUCUUCAGCAUAUGACCACAGAUGUUGCGCCGACUAAACCAAACUUUCCAAUUUAUUUAUAUUCAUCUCCCUUCUCUUUCCAAGGCAGGACAUACAAACACACACACACACACACUCAUUAACAUACAAACUUUAUUCAUAACCUUCAUCGAAACAGUUAUAUACACACUCAUACAGGGAGGACGACCACCAUUUUUUUUCUAUAUAUGUACAGAUGUGACUGGCGGACUAACUGACUGACUGACUGGCUGGAUAGAGGACUUAGUAGACUGUGACUGGGUUGUUAGAUAGACUGUUUAAACUCCUAUCUAUCCAUCUGUAAGGUUAACUGAUAGACUGUCUGACUGGAUGGUAGGGCAGUCAUAUGUUCUGUCUAUCAGUCUGUAUAGCUAUGAGUUGACUGAUAGAUUGACUGGGGGGUUGAUUAGAUAGUUCAAUUCUAUAUCUAUCCAGCUGUAAGGUUAAUUGAUAGACUGACUGACUGGCUGGUUGACAAAUUGACUGUUGAGUGGGUGGUGGGACAGUCUGAUCUCCUCUCUCUUCAUCUCCACCUCCUCUUCUUCUCUUCAUUCUUCUUUCUUCCUCCUCUUCCUCCAUCCUCUUCUUCUUCCGUUCCUUCUCUGAUGUAGUACUUAUUUUUAUUAUCAUUGUUAUUCUUCUUUGGUUGUAUAUAUGAGUCUGCUGGCAUGUGUGUGUGUGUUUGAGUCGACACUGUUGUUGUUGUUCUUGAAAGUGUUCCGCACCGCCAUGUACGUGAGAGAGAGGACAAAUAUACAAUUCCUGUGAUCAUGUUGUGUUCUUUCGAUUAACCCUUCCUGCCUACACACACUCACACACACACACACACACAGAAAGUAGGAAGGAGCUGAGAGAGAGAGGGAGGGAGAGGAGAGAAUGGGGGGGGGGUCAUCAUAGUAUACCAGCCCCCCUCUUUCCCUUCCUUCCUCCCCCUUUCCCCCCCUUCGGUCAGUCAGUCAGUCCCUUUGCCAUCAAGUUCCAGACCAAGACUUGAAAAUAAAAUAAAUAAAUAAAUGAUAAAAUUAAGGAAAUAUAAGUGGAG